AUGGGAGAUUUUCAGUCAAGGAAGUCUACACAAAAGAGGCAGAAGCAAUACUUUGAACAAAGAAAGCGUAAGCAACAAAAUUUGCAUAUGAUGGGAUCAGAUAACUGUUAUGAUAGUCCAGGAAUAAGUGGACAAAGCCUCAAGGAACAUCGGUCUCUGGACAUUCUUAAUUUGCUUAACUUGUCAACAAAAGCUCAGCAGUGCAAUCCAUUUUGUCCGGAGGAUUCGAAGAGGCAAGGGCACCUUUGUGCCGCCAGACUGAAACAUCACGGAAGAGUUCUUCCGAUCACCACAAUACUGCCUUUAAUGGAUUCCCGAAUCAAUGGAAGACAGUAUCCGAUCAAUACUCGGAAUUUUCUGUUAUUGAUUUGGUGUGUGAUGAUGAACCUAAUGCCACUGCAGAAAAGUGUCCGACCUGCGAAGAUCAUGUUUCUUUUUCACUUGAAGGCCUGGGUAAAGUUGGGACAGAGACGCCAGUUCAUUCGCCAGAGCAACGUGCUAGAAUCCCAUAUAGUUAUUCUCCAUUGCAGAAGGAUGGAAGUAGAUCAAAAUUGAAGAAAGUUAACCGUGAGCUGGCUGACAUUGAACUUGAAGUGGUGAAGCAAAAAAUCAUCUUUACGCACACUGCACACUUGCAUAAUCCUAUCUGCAUUUUCUGUAGCUAUAUGUUCCUUGUCAAUCAUUAAUGAUACCUGAACUGAUAUAAGUCUUCUACUUUUUGUUUUAUCAUGAAAAAUCAACGAGUUCUUGUUUUAUUAAAGUACUUUCAUAAUUAUAUCUCAUUUUAUUUUAUUCCUCUUCCAUGGAAUAAAAAUUCAGUCUGCAAUUGAUGAUCAUUAAUUGGCAGGGUACAAUGACGUAAUUGUAUAACAUUGUGUUCGUAAAGUUAUU